GCGGUUCAAUCUGCAGUUGAGAAAGGUAGUGAAUCUCUUUGUUACUUUAAAAGAAGUCUCUAUGAAUGGUUUAUCGAAGAACAAAGGUUGGCUCAUGUUGACAAUAAUGAUAAGGAGAAUUUUAAUCCUGAACAAGUUAAAAAUCCAAUUGAAAGAUAG